UUCAAUUUGAAGUGAAAAUUUUGACAUGUGUAUGAACUUUGGAGUGAAGUGAGAGGUUUGCUUCGUCUGAUACGCUCGUGAACCUUGUUUCUGUGCACGAUUGAUAACCUUAUGAUGAGCUCGAUGAUGGAUAUCUGAUAAGAUACUGGCUGCACUCACUCCUUUUUGACAUAUUGAUCCGUGGUCACUAACGCUACACAACUGUCUGCUUGAUAUGGGGGACCGUAGAGUGAAAUUCCAAGCAUCAUCUGGAACCCAGGAAGGUUUGGAUCCCGCUGUCGUUGUCCCUGGCUCGGAAAAUAUGCCGAAAGACUUGUCCGAUAUUGAACUCCUAAAGGAUCCACCACCGGGUCCUUUGGACGUGUACAGAAACCAGGCUUCUUUUGACUGGAAGAAAAUGAGAUUGUUUAUGGAUGGAGAAGAAAUUGUCAGAUACAAGAACAUGAUAUGGACCACACUGGAAAAAGAUCCACUAUUCUCCCAACCAAUGGUAACAGAAACUGUAGAAAAACAAAGAGAAUCAACAUUUUACAGGUGUAAACGUCUGUUUGAAUACAAUUUCCUGUCAGAAGAUGCGCUGUUUGACAAUCCCCUUAAACACAAGAUUUUGACAGACUGUCUAGGCAUGUAUAACUGGUCCCUCGGAGCUAAGUACCAGCUGGAUGUGGAGAUGACCGGGGGCACAGUUCAGGCCACUGGGUCAGCCAGGCAUGGAGAUAUCGUGGAAAAGAUUAAAAGUUUUGAAUAUUUUGGUUGUUUUGCCCUCACUGAACUGAGUCAUGGCAGCAACACCAAGGCAAUGAGAACCACAGCCACAUAUGACCCCAAAACAGAGGAAUUUGUUCUUCAAACCCCUGAUUUUGAGGCAACAAAGAUUUGGUCUGGGAACAUGGGAAAGAUGGCUACACAUGCCAUUGUGUAUGCCCAGCUGUACACACCAGACGGAAGCUGUCAUGGUCUCCAUUCCUUCAUAGUACCCUUCAGGGAUCCCAAUACGCUGCUGGCCUACCCAGGAGUUAUUGUCGGUGACAUGGGGGAGAAGAUUGGACAGAAUGGACUUGAUAAUGGCUUCAUGGCUUUCAAUGGCUACCACAUACCAAGGGAAACGCUACUGAAUAGAACAGGCGACGUCAAGGCUGAUGGCACAUAUGUCACUCCAUAUAAGGAUCCCAGUAAGAGGUUUGGGGCAUCACUGGGCGCUCUCUCUGGGGGACGUGUGGGUAUCACAGGAAUGGGUACCUGUAACCUGAAGCUGUGUAUGCCAAUCGCUGUACGGUACUCUGCAGUCAGGAGACAAUUUGGACCUGCAGGAGGAGAGGAAAUUCCCGUUCUGGAGUAUCAGUUACAGCAAUGGCGCUUGAUUCCCUAUCUGGCUGCCACCUACGCAUUGGAACACUUCUCUGACUCUUUUUUCAUGGAUUUUGUCGGGAUCCGUGUGGGCAUGUUGCUAGGUGACAAAUCUGACUGGCAGGCCGAGUUAGGUCGGGAGAUCCAUGCCCUGUCGUGUGCCAGUAAGCCACUUUCUGCCUGGAUUGCGCGAGAUGCUAUUCAGGAAAGUCGUGAAGCUUGUGGAGGACAUGGUUACUUCAAAGUGAACCGUCUAGGAGAGAUCCGUGACGACCAUGACCCUAACUGUACUUACGAGGGAGACAACAAUGUGAUCCUGCAGCAGACCAGUAACUACCUAUUAGGACUGCUGGAAUCAAACAUCAGAAGAGGUGAGGCGAUCAAUACCCCACUCAAAAGUGUCAACUUCCUCUCUGAUCUUGACGGGCUGCUCCAAACAACCUUUGAGGCUCGCACAGUGGAAGAUUGCUUCAACCCCGAAGUAUCCUUGCGAGCCUACAAAUGGCUAGUUGGUCGUCUGUUGGUGGACAGUGCUGAACGCCUUAAGGAGCAGGGCCAGGCUGGUAAAGACGCCUUCUCUGCAAGGAAUGAUAGUCAGGCCUACUAUUGUCGCUCUCUGGCUCUUGCCUACAUAGAGCACACUGUCCUGGACAGGUUCCAUCAGCUGGAGAUGGAAGGCAGGAAUGGUGACACACCUCCAGAACUCAAACCAGUCCUCAAUAAGAUGUGUGCUUUGUUUGGACUAUGGAGGCUAGAGAAACACCUGUCAACACUGUAUCAAGGGGGAUACAUCAAGGGAAGCAACCCUCCAAAGCUGAUCCAGGAAGCUAUACUCAAACUUUGCUAUGCUCUCAAGGGCGAGGCCGUUUCAUUGGUUGAUGCUAUUGCUCCAACAGACUUUGUGUUGAACUCUCCCAUUGGUCUGUCAGAUGGACAGAUUUACAAGAACCUAUAUGGAGCAAUGAUCCAAGGACCCAAUGCUUUGGAGCGUCCUGCUUGGUGGAAAGACUUUGUUGAUAACAAACCUGUGGUCGGCUCCAAGUCAAAAUUAUAAAAUACAGACAGAAGUUACACAGGCUAUGUUUGUGUAUUGUGAUAAAUCAGAAUGAGCUAUUUCUUGUGGAAGACAUUUGAACAAAUAACUGUUUAAGAGAACAGUGGAUGUUAUUUAAUGCAAAACAUUGCGAGAUACUCUUGUUUGUUUAACCUAAAUCGUGACCGAUUACACCUGAUACUGUGACUUGUUAUACACGACCAGAGUGUAUGGUACGUAUUAUCUAUCACGACCAGAGUGUAUGAUACUGUAAAACUUAUCAGAUAACUACCCUUUUAUCAGUGUGUAACAUGUACACUGAUUACAUUGUGUUAUUAAUGUGUUUAUGAACACCUAGCUGAGCUGUGAUUAACCAUAGGUUCCCAUUGUUCCAGUUGUGACGUAAUAACCAGGAUAACUUCACGACAUCAUAGACUUCCAAUUUCAUAAUGAUGUCACUAAGUAGAGUAACUCGGGUUGAUAAUUUAGAUUUUUGUUAGCCAGGGAAAAUGUUGUUUUCACUUUGCAACAGAUCUUGGCUAUGUGAUAUCAACUUUUUCACACAGAUAAUGAAGUACAUGGGCUCUAUAACGGUACAUGAAAAUAACUUACUCUGUUAUAAGAACAAUUCACAUUAAGUUCACAGUAAAUGAAUUUUACUCUGCAUUGUAUAGUACAUAAUAAUAUUUUACAAGUGCUUCAUUUAAAAUUUUUACUUUACUUUUUCAAAUUUUUUAAUCAGCAACAUUA